AUGGCGCCGCUGCCAGGAACACCACGGCAGCGGCCGACAACGAGCAGAUCACGAUCCACACGCCCAAAAUCAAGUGACACACAGCAAAGUGAUUCAAUCUUAGCUAAUAGCUCAUCCGAACCUCCUCACAAGAAGCGAAAAUAUAUACCUGGUGGUCCUGGUGGCGGAGGUCGGUACGUCGACGAGGAAGGAAACGAAUUACCAGUUGGUGGAACUGGACCGGGUGGAUACAACUACAUUGGUUCCAGAGGGCGAGUUGGUAGACAAAAUGCUGCCAUAGGCCUCGUACCUGAAGUAUUCAACAGAAAAGACCGAGGUAGUCGCUCCAGAACUGUGCUUCCACGAUCUAAGACCACUUCGAUGAGGUAUAGCUCUGCUGCUCAGGUCGCAGCCGUUGCACAAAGUGAUGGCUAUAAACCCCGAGAAGAGCGCGCCUGGGAAGAGUUUCACCCACAUCUUGAUAUAGAUGUUCCGUUGCGUGCAUUUAGCGAGUCCGAAGUUCAGGGUGUACAAGCAGGUGCAUUAUCAAUAUCAGGAAAAUCGAAGGAAGGUCAAAUCAUAGAUUCAGAGGGAACUAAUGCCAAAAACGGGGGUGUGCUUACCGAUCCAGCGGCCAACAUUUGUAUACCAACAUUUUGUAUCCCCGGCACUCCUGGUGGUGGCAAGCGACGUCCAGGCCGUCCGCCCAAAGAUCCUGUCGCAUUCUUUGCUGCUAAAGCAGCUAAGUUAGGUAAAUGUUUUAGUAUUGGUACCUUAAAGAUACCGAACAAUGCGAAUUUAUCAGUUUACAAUAAUCCCAAAGAAAAGCUCACUCUGCCUCAGCCGUCAUAUCGGAAAUCUAAAACACUGGCACGUUUCGAAGAUAGGGCUCUUGGACUCGUGAAGUAUGUUGAUAAAUCAAUGGCUAAUAUUGGAUACCAAGAGAGUGAUAUUUUCGUACGUCCAGAAAGAACUCUUAUUAAAUCUUCUGAUAUAAAUUUUGAAGAAGAUUUAGAAUUUGGGUCAAACUGCAAAAGCGAUUUCGAUGGAAUUACAGCGAACAAUCCAGGGGGGGUUGGACGUGUCGAAUAUGAUAUGGAUGAACAAGAUGACAAGUGGCUAGAAGCGUAUAAUAUUGAGCGAAUAGCAUCAGGUGUGGAUAAAAUCCCGCGUGAAAUCUUUGAAAUAACUAUCACAAAGAUUGAAAAAGAAUGGCAUAAUCUUGAAAAGCGUAUUCCGAAGCCAAGCCCAAGGCCACCUCAAACUCACAGGCCUAGAUCAAGCUCAGCUGCUGCUGUCAAUGGUGAGGCUCAAUCUGGCGAAGAACAAGAUAGCAAGUGUGCCAUCUGUGACGAUGGAGAUUGUGAAAACACAAACGCCAUUGUAUUCUGUGACGGCUGUGAUUUAGCUGUACACCAAGAGUGUUAUGGUGUUCCAUUCAUCCCUGAAGGACAAUGGCUUUGUCGCAAAUGCCAGCUGAUUGGCAGAGGUGUGCCUACAUGUAUUUUCUGUCCUAAUACGGAUGGAGCAUUCAAGCAAACAACUUCUUCCAAGUGGGCCCACCUUCUUUGUGCUAUGUGGAUACCAGAGGUUUCUCUUGGAAAUCAUACCUUCAUGGAACCUGUUAUGGAGGUCGAAAAGGUGCCAAAAACUAGAUGGAAACUGAAUUGUUAUUUAUGCAAUCAGCGAAUGGGCGCUUGUAUUCAGUGUGGCAACAAAUCAUGCUAUCAAGCAUUUCAUGUCACUUGUGCUAGGAAGGCGCGUUUAUUUUUAAAAAUGAAAAAUACACACGGCUCACUAUCGGUUUUAGACGGUACCACAAAUAUGAAGGCCUACUGCGACAAGCAUUGUCCAGCUGAUUGGAUUAGGGAGAAUGAUGUGAUUACUGCAACUCGGGAUGCACGAGCUUUUUACAAGAAAUCUAUGCGUGGGCGACUAUGGGCCGACAGUCAUACAUCGGCUUUAGAAAUGGCGGCAAAUUACUGUCAUGCUACUCCUGAAUCGCAGCAAGAUGAAUCACGACUAACAGGCAUUAAAGUGACUCUAAAUCUUGGCGACAGCAAAAAGAAAAUUAACCAGCCUCAAAAACCAGUCUGGAAACUGCCUUCAGGUGCUCCUGUUAUUCCUUUCUGUGUGUUUGAAAAAGUUGAAAAAUCACUCGGUAGAUUUAACUUUCAGAAGCGCAAGGACUUUACAGCAGACGUCUGUCGAUAUUGGACGCUCAAACGAGAAGCCCGUCGUGGUGCAGCUCUUCUCAAACGUCUCCAACUUCAGAUGGAGACUUUCUCUUCUCUAGAGAUUACUCGCCGAAAUUUUGCUGGAAUGGGACCAGCAGGCAAACCAAGACUCAAAAGGAGAAUCGAUUUUGCAAAAACUCUUAUGAAAGAUAUCGAAAACCUCAGGGACCUUUUAGAAGAUGUUGUCAAACGUGAAACUGAAAAACUUGAUGCAGCCAACCUUGAGGCCGACUUCGUUGAUAAAGUCUACUUUCCAGUCGCUAAGCUUUUUCCUCCAGUAAUUGAACAUGCUCUAACACUUGAUAUCAAAAAUCUGUUUACAGAAGAUCUAGCUUAUUUGCAGCAGAAAGUUGAGGUCAGAUUCUUCACAUCAGUAUUACCAUUCGCCCAAAAUCUGAGCGAUCUGUUCCGUAAACGUGUCACCAUCGAGCCUAAGUUUGAUCCUAAUAUGGAAAGUUCAUCAAUAAAGUCCAAAAACCCAUUAUCUGAUAUAAAAGAGCGCAGGAAACUCGCAAAGCGAAUUCUUAGUAAAGCUGUUCAGCCACAGCUCGAAAACGCAAUUCGAGUGGAGUCAGAGAUCAGUGGUACACCAGCCAAAGGUAAGAUAAGGGAAUUAAUAGAGUUGCUGGAUUCCGUCUGGCAAACCGAGCCACAACAUUCUAAGAAAUUAAGUCAUCUGACGAACUAUGACACUUUACCUAAUACUGCUCCUGUAAAUGAGAAUAUGGGUCUUGGUUCAUCAUCACCUGAGAUCCCCAAAAUCACUGCGGAAAAUCACUUCAGUGCUGACUCAUGUAUCCACGGCCCCAAUAGAAAGCAGGAUAUUGAAUCUUCCGCUAGUGUCAGUGCUACUAAAAGCAGAGUCAACUUCAAUAAAACAACCUCAACAAUUGAUACAACACCUGGACAAUUUGAGAUCGUCAAUGGUCCUAUUUCACAACUUGAGCGUCUAAGAACUAGAAGUAUAUCACCUAGUAGCCUUGACUGUUCUCUACAGACAAAGGAUCCACACCCUGGACCACCUACGCCACCUGUAUCCAACAGCGAUACCGGUAUACUUCCAGAUGAUGUUUUAAGCGCCGGAGGCGUGCCAUGGGUAUUUGACGAUUUCAAGGUUGAGGGGACAACAGCUCUCCCGGAGAAAAAAGCUUGCUUUCCUAGUGGUUAA